AUGGUUGAUAAUGAUUCAGUUAAGAAAUAUAGCCAUCACUUGCCAUUUGAUUCUUGGUUUGUUGUCCCCUCAGUGAGAAAAUCUGGAGGUCUUGCUCUUGGAUAUUUUGAGAAAUCUAACUUAGAAGUUAUCAGUUCAUCUUUCAAUAUGAUACAUGUUAUGUGUGAUAUUACUCCUCGUAUUAAAAACUGCUUGAUAUCUUUCGUGUAUGGCUCUUUAAAUAUUUAUGGUAGGAGAACCCAGUGGAACAUAUUAAGUAGCAUUAACGAAGACGCAAACAUACCUUGGAUGUUAUUAGGAGAUUUCAAUUUUAUUUUACAUGAGUCAGAAAAACAAGGUGGUAUUGCUGAAAAUUCUUUAUCCUCAGAUUUUAUUAGAGCUAAAAUGAUGGAUCUGAAUAUGAAUGAAAUUUUCUCGUUUGGUAACCCUUUUACCUGGUGCAAUAGACGUUUUAAGAAUCCUGCUGAGCUUAUUUUAGAAAAGUUGGAUAGAGGUUUUAUCAAUGAUAAGUGGGUGUCUGUUCUUCCUCAAACUAGAGUUACAAACUUAGGUAGAGUUUAUUCGGAUCAUACCCCUAUACUUCUGAACUGUUUUCAUCUGGAAAAAAAGCUAAACAUUCUGUAUAAGUUCUUCAAAUGUUGGCAAUUGAACCCUGAUUUUAAGGAUGUUUUGUCUAACUCUUGGUCUAAACAAUUGAAAGGUUCUCCGAGCUUUAUAGUUGCUGGUAAACUCCGAAAUGUGAAAAAUGAUCUUUGUCUCUGGAAUGUUUUUCUCUCUUCUAACCCUGCUAAUUUUGUGGAUAUUCAAGAUGUGUUGAAUGAUGUUCAGCCUAUAAUCUCUGAUGAUUUGAAUCUCUCUCUGGUGGAAAUUCCUACACUUGAUGAAAUUUUUUCUACAAUUAAGAUUAUGGAACCCUGGAAAUCUCCUGGUCCGGAUGGAUUUUCGGCAAGGUUUUUUCGUGAUAAUUGGAACAUUGUUUCUGAUCAGGUUGUAGAGCAUGUCCAGAACUUCUUUAAGACUGAGUUUUUAUUGAAGAAUUUGAAUUACUCUUUCAUAGCCCUCAUUCCAAAUGUGCAAAAUCCUUCAUCACCGAAUGAUUUUCGACCUAUUAGUUUAGCCAACACUGUUUACAAAAUUAUAUCUAAAAUUCUAACAAAUCGUCUGAAACCUUUGCUUGACACUAUAAUCUCUCCUUUUCAGUCAGCUUUUGUCUCUAACAGACAGAUACAAGAUAACAUUAUAAUAAGCCAUGAAAUCUUACAUUCUUUUAAAAAAAUGAAUAAGAGAGUUAAAAAAGGUUAUAUGGCCAUUAAACUUGAUCUUUCGAAGGCUUUCGAUAUAUUAGAAUGGUAA